AUGAGUAUUCUUAUGAACGGAGCAAACGGUAAAACACUUAAAGAUUUGAAACAAUUCCUUCGUUACAAGAAUUCAUUGACAGAAUUCAGUGAUGAGACCAUUAAUACUGCGUUCAAAGCGCUAAAUAACAAAUAUCAUAAUGAUGAUAUCUUCAAAGUGAAAGAAAAUAAACCAAAUCAAAGUCCAUAUGAAAUAUAUGAUCCAAACGAUUACAAACAUCAAUUAAAUAUUGCAAAUAAAGUCAUUCACAACAAAGAUCUUCAACUAUUGGACACUUUCAUCAAUAAUAUAAAAGAGUAUUAUAAGGGAGACAUACAAUCGGCUGAUUUUGUCAAUAAUGGGGUAAUAGAGACGGAAAGAGUGAAUGAAUGGAUUCGUAAUAAAACCAAUAAUAAGAUACAGAAAAUAUUUGACGAAAUAAAACCCGACACUUCACUCAUCAUUUUGAAUGCCAUAUAUUUUAAAGGUAUUUUCCACGUUAUAAUAAUUAUCAAACAUUUUAAUUAUUUGUACAGUGUAUUCAGCCAUUAACGAUUGUUUUGAUUUUUUUAUUAUUCAAAAACUACAAAAGAUAUUUUAAUCAAAUCAAUUGCAAAUUAA